AUGAAAACCAUAAUUCUUCUUGGGCUGCUGGGAGCCACAAUGUCAGCCCCACUUAUCCCACAGCGCCUGAUGUCUGCAAGCAACAGCAAUGAGUUACUUCUGAGUCUUAAUAAUGCUCAACUUCAACCACGACAGCUUCAGGGCCCAUUUAAUUCGUGGAUCCCUCCUUUCUCUGGGAUUCUGCAACAGCAGCAGCAAGCUCAAGUUCCAGGGCUCUCUCAAUUCUCCUUAUCAGCUCUUAACCGGUUUGCUGAACGGUUCCCAAAUCAAAUGCCUUUCCCAGGAUGGGUCAAUUUUGCCCAAGGAACCCAGGUGGGACAGCUGGACCCCUCACAGCCUCAAACAGCACCGCAGAGCCAUCAGGGCCCUAAUCAUGUUAUGCCCUAUGUGCUCUCCUUCAAAAUGCCUCAAGAGCAAGCUCAGAUGCUGCAGUACUAUCCAGUCUACAUGCUCCUACCCUGGGAACGAUCUCAACAAACAGCCACACAGUCACCUCCACAAACGGGACAGCAGCAAUUUGAGGAGCAGAUGCCAUUCUAUACUCAAUUUGGAUAUAUUCCAGUACAAGCAGAACCUGUUAUGCCAGGAGGACAGCAGCAACUAGCCUUAGACCCCCUCUUAGGCACAGCUCCUGACACUGCUGUGAUGCCAGCAGAAGGAGUGAUACCAUAUUUACAAAAAGAAGGGAUAAACUUUAAACAUGCCAGUGGAGGAAUUUUCAUUCCUUCAACUUCACAAAAACCCAGUACUACAAAUUCUUUUGCUCCUGCCGUGGACCCAACUAUUACCCCAGAGCUGAUGGAAAAGAAGGCCAAGACUGAUUCCUUAAAGGAACCGUAAGAUGUUUUCCUAACCAUUCAGAGUUUUUG